CAAAAAAAAUUUGUAAUCAAGUUAUUUUUUAGUUUCUCAUGGUCAUAUGGUGAAGACUACGGGAGCACCUUAUUAUCCGAUUGUGAAUUUGUGAUUUCUUUCGCUUGUAUAAUGCUAACAUUUAUUAUCUACAUAGCGAUUGUAAUAUCGCUCUACAAGAAAACGAGAGGGGUGAAAACCAUGCGUCGAAAUGAGCGACAACUGCUGUUGCAAGCUUCUAUACUGUUUCUCAUUCUGACAAGUUUGAUAUCAUUAUGGCACUUCUAUUAUCUUGUGCUUCCGGACACCGUGUGGACAGUAGUCUCGAUCAAUGUCUACUGGAUUGUGUACUGCGGCUUGAAUCCGUUAAUGUACUUUGUCUUUUCAAAGAGCAUCAGAAUCGCAUAUCUUCGAUUUAUCGGAAUAUUACCGCCGAAGACACAAACUACUAUCUCGUUUGUUGCUGGACCAAAUUCACGCCACUAA